UAUAUAAGGACACUGUCAGAGACUUCAGCAUUCAUUCCUUGAGAAGCAAGAACCAUGAACACUAAGAUCCUCAUUCUCCUCGGUCUGGCAGCCGUCGUUGUUGCCGACAGGCCUCUGACCUCGUACGGACAUCCUCAAGACUCCUCCGAGGAGUCAUUUGAGUCAUUCGAGUCGUUCGAGUCAGGAGAAGCCAAGUACGACUUCAGUUAUGCCGUUCAGCACGAAGACUCCGGCAACGACUUCGGACACGAGGAAGCCCGUGACGGCGAACACACUCAGGGAUCCUACUACGUGAGGCUUCCCGACACCCGUCUGCAGAACGUCAAGUACUUCGUGGACGGCGACGACGGCUACGUGGCCGAGGUCAACUACGAGGGCGAGGCUCGUUUCCCCGACUCGUAUGAGUCUGCCUGAGUCUGCCUCCUUCGAGUCCCGGGAGUACAGGCCACCAAGGCCAGCCUACUUCUAUGGCUCCAACGAGUCCAAGUAAACAGUCCUCAUCUUCCUGAACUUAGGCCAUGGAUAUGAACUUAUUUAUUUGUAUAUUGUAUGUAUUCUCUAUAUAAAAAGCAAUUUGAAAAAAAGG